AUGGCACUCGCACAAGCAGCUAAUUUGAUAGAGAAAACAAUUGGCCAUGGAGACAAUGCGACAAUCACCACGGAUAUCAGCAAUUACGAUGGGCAUGGAAUAGAAGGAACGAGAAUCCUCGCAACUACUUGGCAAGGCAAAAAUCAAAUCAAAGUUGUGGAAAUUGCUAAGCCAAAAGUAAUUGACUCUGGUGAUGUGAUUGUGAGGAUCACUGGAAGCACCAUCUGCGGCAGCGACCUCCAUUUAUACCAUGGUGUUAUCCCACAAAUGGAAAAAGGGGAUGUACUUGGCCAUGAAUGUUGCGGAGUGAUCGAAAGUGUCGGUCCAGCAACCAAGAAAUUUCGUCCCGGUGAAAGAGUAGUCGUUUCAUUUCCAAUUGCCUGUGGAAAAUGUAUGAAUUGCCAAAGAGAGUUCUUCUCCCAGUGCAGUGAAACCAACCAAAACACAAUUGCUAAUGCCAUGUAUGGUAAUAGAACUGCCGGCAUGUUUGGAUAUUCCCACUUUACCGGUGGCUUUGCCGGUGGCCAGGCAGAAUAUGUCAGAGUUCCUUAUGGGGAUGUCAAUCUGCUUGCCAUUCCGAAGGAUAUUCCAGAUGAGAAAGCCCUCUACCUCUCGGAUGUUAUAGCGACAUCUUGGCAUUGUGUGGUAGAUAGUGGAGUACAGAAUGGUGAUGUGGUUGCCAUAUGGGGCGGUGGUCCUAUCGGACAGAUGUGUGCACAGUUCAGCUUUUACCAUGGGGCUAAACGCGUUAUUGUCAUAGAUGGAGGAGCUGGUGCGUGGCGGUUAGAUUUCUUGAAAAGAAAACUGCCAAAGCUCGAAACGAUCGACUUCACUCAUCUGCCUAAAGGUGAGUCGGUGACGUCAAUAUUGAAAAAUCUGGUCCCUGGAGGUCCGGAUGUUGCCCUAGAGUGUGCUGCUGGUGAAUAUGCCAAAGGUUGGGCACAUUACUUUGAACAACUACUUGGUCUGGAAACAGACACGUCUGAAUUGCUGAACGAGAUGAUCACCGCUGUUCGGCCUUUUGGGCGAGUAGGUGUGACAGGUGUUUACGCUGGAUAUACUAACCAUUUCAACAUUGGAGCUUUGAUGCAGACAGGUGUUCAUCUUAUGGGUAAUGGUCAAGCUCCGGUGCAUAAAUAUUGGGAUCAUCUCAUGCACCUAAUCCUGAUAAAUGAGAUAAAUCCACUCGAUAUGGUUACUCAUAGGUAUCGUUUAGAGGAUAUGGCCAAGGUUUAUGAAAUGUUCGACCAGCGAAAGGAAGGGCUGCAGAAAGUUUUUAUACAGACCAAAUUUUCUGAGCCUGCAGCACAGGGUGCCCCUGAAUUAAUCAUACUGUGA